AUUUGCACGAGACAGUCUUUACCCUGCACCGUUGGCGGCGUUAUUCAACUUGUCAGAACAAAUUCAAAAUGCAAAAUUCUAAUAAAUAUGUGCAAUAUCCGCACUAAACACAGUCAGUUAUUCAGCCGUUUACGUUAUAGUAUGAACUUUGGCUAAUAUCAAACUGGAAUUGUUAUGAGAAUACAGUCACAAAACACAAGUAUAAGCAUGGACAUUGACAACGGCACCCUGGAUAUGAAGCAGCUGUUCUUCAAUAAUCUGCAGUUGCUUGGUUUUGAUGCACCAGCUAUGGAGGCUACUAACCAUAUACCUUUCAACAGGACCAUGUUUGAUUUGCCAAAUAAACGAGGAGCAGAGAUUGUCCUCCAUUUUCUGUUUCAAAGACUGAAUCCAACAUUGUGUAAAGAAAAUUUUAGAGAUUGUUGGCCUAUUUUAGACAAGAAGAGAGAGCAAGGAUUUAGAAAAACUUGUUCCAAUUGGCUAACAAACAUUUCCCAGGAGGAACCAGAUAGUCAUUUACCACGUAUUAAUGCAUCUCUAUUCAUGUCGCCUGGGGGAGAAAAAUUUUACCAACUUUUAUUCCACUUCUCUGGAUAUGUUCUACAGAAAGUGUUGGAAACAGAAUUAGGUUCAAAAAUGAGUGAAAGGUUGAAGUAUCCAGUUUUAACACCGCAGAAUCUGCAACUUGCUGAGGUGAUAAUAAAAGACCUGACUUGCUCAUCAGUCCGACAUAGAACCAACUAUUUCUCUGUAGCUCAACUCAACGUGAAGGCCAGUAAGUCAUGGAGAGAUACAUCUGAUGACUAUGUAAAGGAAUACAGGAAAUUGAACAAGGAAAUUAGAGAACUUGAAUAUAAAGUAAGAGAAGAGGAGCAAAAAUCUGUAGAAGCAUCUCUGGCUAGAGGGAGCCCAGGGAAGAGACCAAGCAGCCAUAGUGAUCAUUUUGACCCACAGUUUGACCCAAGAACAAUAAAACGUGCUCAAAGAAUCCAACAGGUUAGAGAUAUGUGGAAACUGUUGGAGGAUUUUGAUCGAAAUGAGGCAGCGGAACGUGAAGUUGUAGAGUCUAUAGUGGAGAGAACAAUCAACAAGUUCAAGUUGGAUGCAGCUGAUAUCAGUGUUAAAGUUCCUGAUAUGUUGCUGAGAGAAUGUGGCGAGGAAAUCAGAAGAAGAAAUGUUGAUAACACCUACCAAGGAGGGAAGUUAAACCUAGUCAGUGUUCUGCAACUUUGGAAUCUCUGUUUACACCUGUACUUGGAGAAAAUCAAAGAAGUGGGCGUGCCAAAAUUUGAAGAGGAAAUUCAAAAAUUGACAUCACAAGUACAUGUACAACAAAACUAUGCACAGAAUGCACAAACACUAAGACAGCAGAUGUCAGAACGUAUACCAGUGUUGAAAUCUUCAAUAGAGAAACUACGCACCAAGUUAGACCAUGCCUUAUUCCAGGACAAGUCACCCGAAUCUAUCAGAACUACAUCUCUCGGCCUUGGAUUGGUUGGACCCUCACCGCAGCCAAGUUUCUCCCCAGGGAGGGGCACAACACCAGCAGGGGGUAUAGGAGUUCCUAAAUCACCAAGUAGUGUAACUAAUACACCUGAGGCAGCCAAUCAGAUUACAGAACAGAUGAGGGAUUCUGUGAGACGAGGACCUGACCAACUCUUCAAACAACCAGAUUUACUUAAACAAAGGCCAGAGGAUAUGUCAUCUAUUCCCAGACCAUCAAGGUCACAAACCAGUUCACGCCAGUCAUCAAGACCCACUUCUGCAAGAAGUACUGCUAGCAGUAAAGCUUCAGUCAAAUCUACGCCCAAAUCAAGCAGAAGUUCUGAAAAACAGAACACAAGUAGGGAACAGUCUUUCACUAAAGUGACCAGUCCAAGAACAAUGAUGGAAAAUUUACAGCUUGGAGACAGUCUGCGACUGGAAGCAGACGGACAGGAAGUACAGACUGGUUCCUCUUCAUCACGGCCAUUGUCUGCACGCUCAGAUAGAUCGAAUGCAUCAUCAUGCCGUACACUUACAGACAGGUCAAAUAAGUCGUCUGCUUCAAACAGGUCAUUGAAAUCGGUGUCUUCUGCUAGUAGAGGCGGUAACUUUACAAAUGACAAUGUGCAUCAGCUUCCGAGUGAAACAGGCAGAAAAACACCAUCUGAUCUUCUUGUGGAAGAAAUCAUGGGUGAAGGGAAAAUUUUGUCUCCAUUUAAUUCAGGUAUAAUCAGAUGUUUCUAA